AUGACAAAGACUAUUACAUUUAUUACUGGUAAUGCUAAAAAGUUAGAAGAAGUUAUUCAAAUUCUAGGUACUUCUUUACCACUUCAAUCAAAGAAAGUAGAUUUACCAGAGUUACAAGGUGAACCAUAUGAUAUUUCAAAAGAAAAAUGUAGAUUAGCAGCAAAGGAAGUUAAUGGACCUGUUUUGAUUGAAGAUACUUGUUUGUGUUUCAAUGCAUUGAAGGGAUUACCAGGACCCUAUGUCAAGUGGUUCCUCGAUAAGUUGGCACCAGAGGGACUCUACGAUCUGCUGGCAGCCCAUACCGAUAAGACAGGUUAUGCUCUCUGCAACUUUGCCUAUGCAGAGGGACCAGACAGCGAACCGAUCGUCUUUGAAGGUCGCACAGACGGUACUAUAGUUCCACCACGCGGACCACGUGAUUUCGGUUGGGAUCCUGUCUUCCAACCAGAUGGUUUCAAUGAGACCUACGCCGAAAUGGAUAAAACUAUAAAGAAUACAAUUUCACAUCGUCACCGUUCACUAGAAAAAGUUAAACAAUAUUUAUUCGCAAACGGUUAUGCUCAACAACAAUAA